AUGACUGACCCCUUGAACAGAUAUGAAAGAAUACAGGGCCUAGGAGAAGGAACCUACGGCGUCGUCUUCAAGGCAAAGGACAAAGAGACAGGUCAGAUUGUCGCCCUCAAGAGGAUUAGGCUCGAGAAUGCGGACGAGGGUAUCCCGGCCACUGCAAUCCGUGAGAUCGCUAUACUCAAAGAGAUGAAGCACAAGAACGUUGUAGACCUUCUCUCCGUCAUUCACACAGAAGCGAAACUCACGCUUGUAUUUGAGUACCUCGACAUGGACCUGAAGAAGUACAUCGACUCCAAGCAAGGAAAGCUAACACCUAAGGAGGUCAAGAGCUUUAUGGGGCAGCUGAUGACUGGGCUCACGUAUAUACACAACAAGCGCGUCUUGCACCGUGAUCUAAAGCCACAGAAUCUGCUAGUUACCAGCUCUGGGCUCCUUAAGCUCGCAGACUUUGGCCUGGCGCGUGGAUCUGGAAUCCCCGUUCGAUCAUAUACUCAUGAGGUGGUCACGCUUUGGUACCGUUGCCCAUCGGUUCUUCUGGGCUGCCGCAAGUACGGUGGAGCUCUCGAUAUAUGGUCUUGUGGGUGCAUCUUCUAUGAGUGCGUCACUGGGAAGCCGCUGUUCCCAGCCAAGACAGAAAAGGAUGAACUUAUUAAGAUCUUCAAGACCCUUGGAACUCCAGACAAACAGAGCUGGCCGGAUGUCGAUACGCUUCCCCAAUGGCAAAAGGACUUCCCUGUCUACCCAGGCAUAAACGUUGCCGAGCUUCUGCCGACUCUUGACGAGGCCGGCAGAGACCUCUUUUCAAAGAUGAUGGCUCUUGACCCUUCCAAACGCCCUUCGGCAAGAGACUGCCUCAAGCAUCCGUACUUUGCAAAGUAG